AUGAAAUCCAUACCAAUAAUUUUAUUAGUAUUGAUUGGAUUAUUAUUAGCAUCUGUAUAUUCCCAUGACAUUUUAAUUACAGAAAAAGGACAAAAAUCAUUAGAUAAAUUAGAUAAAGCAGCAGCAACAACUUUACAACAUGGUGAAAACAUUCAAUUAAGCUGUGAUGUUUGUCAAAUUGGUGCAUCAUUAUUAGAAGAUUUCAUUAAAAAGAAUGCUUCAUUAACAGAAAUAAUUAAAGGUUUAUCUGACCUUUGUAUUGCCUCAAAAGAAGAACAACCAGAAGUUUGUACAGGUAUUUUAAAUAAUUAUGUACCAAUUAUAGUUGAUGUACUUAUUCAAUCAGAUUUUACACCAUCACAAUUAUGUGGAUAUUUUAAGAUUUGUUCAGCAACAGGAUCAUCAGAAUCAUCAUCAAUUUCAAAUUCAUUUGAUAAUGAAUAUAGACAAGAAUCAUUUAAUAAACCAACAAUGAAAGUUAAUAAGAAACCACAAUAUAAAGAUUUAUCAAAUCAAGAACCAUUGGUAAAAAAAUUUAAAGGUAAUGAUAGUAUUGGUUAUAUUUUACAAAUUUCUGAUGUACAUUUCGAUCCAGAUUAUAAAGUUGGUUCAAAUCCAAAUUGUGGUAGACCAUUAUGUUGUAGAGAUGGUGUAGGUUCAGCAGGUCCAAUAGGUCAUUACCUUUGCGAUAUCCCAUUUAGUACUGUUGAAUUGAUUUUCCAACAUUUGGCAACAUUGACUGAUCAAUUGGAUUUCAUAGUUUGGACAGGUGAUAAUCCACCACACAAUGUAUGGGAACAAUCACAAGCUCAACAAGAGUUGGCCACCGCAACAUUGGCACAGGUCAUUCAAAAGACUUUCCCAAAUACACCAGUUUUACCAUCGUUGGGUAAUCAUGAAGCUUACCCAGCCGAUCAAUACGUUUUACCAAAUUCACAAUGGUUAUUGGACUCGAUUUACACCUAUUGGGCACCAUGGUUAGAUGCCGAUGCUUUGGAGUUGGUUAAAGAGCGUGGUUAUUAUACAUCGUUGAUUAAGCCAGGUCUUCGUGUUAUGUCAUUGAAUACUUUGGAGAAUGAUAUGAUCAAUUUCUAUAAUCUCCUCCCAACCUAUUUAAAAGGCCCAAAUAAUCAAUCGGAUUGGAUGAUCAAUACAUUGGAACAAGCUCAAUCCAAUGGUGAAAAGGUUUUAAUCAUUGGUCAUAUUCCAUGCACUGUUAAAAGUGCUUCAACCGAUGGUUGGUGUGCAAUGUAUGAACAAGUGGUAGGUCAAUUCUCUGAUGUUAUCAUUGGUCAAUUGUAUGGCCAUACUCAUUACGAUCAAUUUUCAGUAUUCUCCGAUGUUGCAACUCAUACAAUUCCAACCGGUAUGAAUUAUAUCGUUCCAUCAUUAACAACCUAUCAAAAUCAUGAACCUGGUUAUCGUAUUUAUCAAUUUGAUUAUUCAACUAAUCAAAUUGUAAACUACUAUCAAUAUCAUGCAAACAUUACUGAAGCAAAUGAAACUGGUGCCUUAAAUUUCCAAUUGACUUAUAGUGCUAAAGAACUCUAUAAUAUGGAUGAUCUUUCACCUACCUCUUGGACAAAAGUUGCCAAUCAAAUGAAAACUAAUUCAACAAUGUUUAAUAGUUAUUUCGAAAAUCUUAGUAGUUCACCAAUUAAAGAAUCUUGUGAUCAAGCUUGUCAAACUAAAUGGAUUUGUCAAAUCUUUGGUAUCACUUCUUCUGAAUUCGAUAAAUGUUAUGGUGUUUAA